AUGUCUCUAGCAGGCAGCAACCGGCGGACGCAAAGCAUGCACAGCUUGCGUAGCGAACUCCGGCAAAUGCCCGUGAUUGAGGAGACCAUCGACGACAACAACAGCAGCAGCAGCGACGGCGAUAUGCCUCCGGCGUUGCCAGAAAAGUCACCUAGGCGACAGUCGGACGUGCAUCGUAGCCUCGCUGUGACACUGAAAGGGCAGGCACAGCCGCGAUAUCCACCGCCGGCUUAUAGUUUGAAUACACCCCCAGGCUCUGUCGGAAAAGCAGGAAUACCAAGUCCAUCCACAAAGAGAAAGCCAGCCUGGCUCAUCAGGAGAGGUGGAUGGUGGAGGCUGGCUCUCGUCGCGUUGGCAAUACUCCUCUGCAUUCUGGCGUUGUCGCUUGGUCUUGCGCUGGGAUUGCGGUCCAGAAACUUUGUCAGUGGCUCCAGUUCAGCUGCUUCGGAAUCAGACAAGACGUAUCCGUUGCAGUUCCCAGCCGGGUCCUAUGCUUUCACCACCGCGUUAGCCAGCAUAAGCACGUCGUGCACGUCGAACCCGAGCACGUUCCGCUGCUUCCCCUUCACGACAUACAAUGCCUCGUCCUCCGGUGCAGCAGCCACUUACUUCUGGAGUAUAGUCCAGACCGCAUCUGCGCCGGCGGCCUAUGUGAUCUCGGCGCAAUCAAACCCGUUUGUCCCGCAGUUCCGCAAUCUCUCCUUGGCCAUACUCGAUCGGGAUACAGACGGCGAGCGGCUGACGUUCAGCUUCCCCAUGGAUCUGGCUAUCACGCCGUCCACGGCGCUCGACAGCUCGAAUGACGCCGCGACGUGCUGGUUCAACGACACUGUCAUGGCCGCCACGAUUUGGACGAGGAAGCGUGCCGAGUUCCCAGUCAACAUCACGACCUCUGUGAGUGCUACGAGUCCGUCGACAGACUUUGAAGCCUGGCCGUUUGCGAUGCAGGUCGAGCAGGCGGCCGGUGCAGGAUCGGGUGUGCCAAAUUGUGUAGAUUCGAAAGGUGAAUCAUUGGGAAAUUUUGCGGUGCAGGAAGGUGGGAGCUGUAGUUGUGUAUAUAGCAAUAUUGAUCUAGAUUCUUGA